AAAGGAUUUGAGCCCAACAUAGUACGGAACCAAAAAUAUAAUUUUUUGACAUUUGUUCCAGUUGUAUUAUUUGAGCAGUUUAAAUUGUUUUUCAACAUGUAUUUUCUUUUAGUAGCGCUUUCACAACUUGUAAAGUCCCUUCAGAUUGGAUACCUGUUUACAUACUUUGGCCCACUUUCAUUUGUUCUUGUCAUCACAAUUGGGAAGGAGGCUUUGGAUGACUAUAGAAGGCUCCAGAGAGAUAAGGUGGCUAAUUCGCAAACAUAUACCCGUCUAAGUGUAGCAGGCCCUGCAGAAGUUCCUUCUUCAGAGCUGUGUGUUGGGGAUCUAGUAGUAAUUCAUAAGAAUCAGAGAGUUCCUGCCGAUUGUAUUUUGUUACGAACACCAGAGCCCAGUGGAGCAUGUUUUAUCCGAACAGAUCAGCUUGAUGGAGAAACAGACUGGAAACUUCGCGUUGCUGUUUCACAUUCUCAAAAACUGCCAAAUGAUAUGGCUAUUUUUCAAACAAAUGCAUCUCCGCAUAUGGAUAUUCAUAGUUUUAUUGGAAAUAUAACCUGGGAUACCCAAAUUGAUCCACUUACAGUAGAUAAUACUUUGUGGAUGAACACUGUUUUGGCAUCUAGUGCUGCUCUCUGUUUAAUUGUCUAUACUGGUCGCGACACACGUGCUGUUAUGAACACCAGCUUUCCUAGUACAAAAAUCGGACUAUUGGAUUUGGAUAUUAAUAGACUUUCCAAGGCAAGAUUUAAAAUUGAAUCAUUCAUCUUGGCACUGGUUACGUUGCAAUUGUCUUUGACAAUGGUUAUGAUGGAUGGAUUUCGCGGGCUUUGGUUUAUCUACAUCUUUCGAUUUCUUAUUCUGUUUUCAUCCAUUAUCCCCAUUAGUCUGCGAGUCAAUCUUGAUAUGGGAAAAACGGUUUUUUCAUACUUGAUCAUGUCAGAUCAAAAGAUUCCUUCAACAAUUGUUCGAACAUCCACUAUCCCAGAAGAACUUGGGCGUAUUGACUAUUUGUUAACAGACAAGACUGGAACGUUGACUAAAAACGAUAUGGAGCUAAGAAAAUUACACAUGGGAACCAUAUCGUAUGGAAGCGAGUCGAUGGAGGAAGUGGCUGGCUAUAUUCGAUCAGCAUUUGAGCAAGCUCAAGCUCAGGAUACUUCAUUUGGUACCAAACGAACCAAAGGUAUUAAUACAAGACUCAAGGAUAUCACUGUAGCUCUUGCUCUUUGCCAUAAUGUCACACCAGUUAUUGAUGGCGAGGGAGAGCUCAGCUAUCAAGCCUCGUCUCCAGAUGAAGUUGCCAUUGUAAAAUGGACAGAGUCUAUUGGCCUGACACUCUAUUUUCGCGACAUGUCGAUUAUUCGUUUGCGCACUAUGCACGGAACAUUAUUGGAAUAUGAUAUUCUAGACGUGUUUUCAUUUACAUCGGAUACAAAACGAAUGGGGAUUAUUCUUCGUGAGAAGGCCACAGGAGAGAUUACAUUCUAUCAAAAGGGAGCAGAUGCCGUGAUGACACGGAUUGUCGCAUACAAUGAUUGGCUUGAUGAAGAAUGUGGUAAUAUGGCACGGGAGGGACUUCGUACCUUGGUCAUUGGAAGGAAACGUAUAUCUGAAGAUUAUUAUAAUGAGUUUCAACAAAAAUAUCAGGAAGCCAAAAUUUGUUUGCAAAAUCGAAAGAACGUAAUGCAGGGUGUUGUUUCACAAUAUCUCGAAAAGGAUUUAGAGUUGCUCGGACUAACAGGCGUCGAAGAUAAACUUCAGGAUGAUGUAAAAUUGACGCUCGAGCUACUUAGAAAUGCAGGGCUGCGAAUAUGGAUGCUGACAGGCGAUAAAAUAGAAACUGCCACGUGUAUUGCCAUUUCAUCCAAGUUGGUGUCGAGGAAUCAAUUUAUUCAUACUAUUGCAAAAGUGACGGACCCGACGACUAUUCAAGAAGAGCUGGAGACUAUUCGCUCAAAAACAGACUGUGCUCUUGUGAUUGAUGGCGAAUCACUUCAAACCUGUUUAGAUUUUUGUCCCGAGAUUUUUAUGGAGCUUGCUCUUUGUUUAUCGGUGGUAGUUUGUUGUCGCUGUUCACCGACCCAAAAGGCAGAUGUUGCCCGCCUGAUCAAAGAAAGCACCAAAUCACGGACAUGUGCCAUUGGGGAUGGUGGUAAUGAUGUUUCCAUGAUCCAAGCCGCACAUGUAGGCAUAGGGAUUGUUGGCAAAGAAGGAAUGCAAGCAUCAUUGGCAGCUGAUUUUUCAGUGACUCAAUUUAGCCAUAUUGCUCGAUUGCUAUUGUGGCAUGGACGAAACAGUUAUAAGCGAUCAGCCAAACUCAGUCAAUUUGUUAUUCAUCGUGGUUUGAUUAUUUCUAUUAUGCAGGCAGUGUUUUCAUCACUAUUUUAUUUUGCACCCAUUGCGCUUUACCAGGGGAUGCUGCUGGUUGGAUAUGCCACGUUCUAUACCAUGGCACCGGUAUUUUCACUUGUUUUAGAUAAAGAUAUCAGUGAAGAUACUGCGCUUAUGUAUCCUGAGCUAUACAAGGAAUUGGUCAAGGCAAGUACAGUGGGACGAGCAUUAUCGUAUAAAACAUUCUUUAUUUGGUUACUUAUCAGUGUAUACCAAGGAGGAGCCAUCAUGAUGCUAGCAAUAUGGUUAUUUGAAAACGAAUUUGUACGAGUAGUAUCGAUUUCAUUUACAGCACUUGUAUUUAAUGAGUUACUCAUGGUAGCACUAGAGAUUACCACAUGGCAUCCAUAUAUGAUAUAUUCUCAGCUUGGAACUGCGGCGAUCUAUAUUGGAUCGAUGUGGCUUCUUCCAGCAUAUUUUGAUGUGCAUUUCAUAGCGACAACAACGUUUGUAUGGAAAGUAGCGUUGAUUACAGCAGUCAGUAGUUUACCACUUUAUGUGUACAAGGCAGUUCAAUGGAGAAUCAAUCCUCCAAAUUACACCAAGUUGGAAGGCUAA